AUGACUAUGAACAACCCCAUUAUGUCAGUGUUGACUGACAACAAGCUCUCUAGAGCUAACUUCAUCAAAUGGAGAGAGAACAUUAAUAUUGCUCUCAUUGGUGAAAAUUCCCUAUUUUUGUUGACUGAAGAGCCACCUGAGCAGCCAGGUGAGAAUGCGACCAAGGCAUUUAAGGAAAAGUUCAAGCGUUGGCAGAAUGCUAACAACAAAGCUCGAUACUUUAUGCUAUCAAGCAUGGUCGACACCUUGAAAACAAGGAUUGCAAAUACUCUCACGGCUGUAGAAAUCAUGAACCAGUUAAUUGAACUAUUUGGGAUGGCGUCAAUUCAAGCUCGCUUUGAGGCGACAAAGAAUUUCAUGAAUGCACGGUAUGAAGCCUCAUCAAAACGUGCGUGA